AGUUGCAGCAGUGGCGGUUCUCGGCCACCGUAUAUAACAGCUCUCUGUCACUUUCAUUCAUUUUUUAUCAAAAUAACCCCGGUUUUCUGAACAUGACACGUCAAGCGGACUUGUUUACGAGUGUGUGCAACCUUUUAAGUUAACUGUCACACUCUUUUUGGUUUUCUUCACAUAUAACUCGACUGCGCUAAUGUUAUUAACUAAAGGUUAGUUAAUCCCUUCACUCAGCACAGGCAGCCGACAGUAGGCGGAUGUUGCUCUCGGAGCGCGCAGACUUAUGGGUAAUGUAAGGUGCAGGCAGGCGGCAUAACACGCCGGAGACUGGUGGUGAAAAACAGCUUCCGCAGUUCCGUCAGCUGGCGAGGUUAUAUGUUGUCAAAGAGUACACUGUUAGCAUGUUGAACGACUGUUUUUGUCCUGCUCCGCUUGAAUAACAAGGCAACUCCGUCGAAGCUGCUCUUGCAGUCCUCUGAAACAGGAACAAAAUGAGCCUGAACGAGCAUUCACUACAGGCUCUGUCCUGGAGAAAGCUGUACCUGAGUCGAGCUAAGCUGAAGGCUUCUAGUAGGACAUCAGCCCUGCUCUCUGGAUUUGCUAUGGUAAGGUCAUUUACAAGUCAUCGUCUUCCUCUUCAGUUGCUUGGUUGAUUUUACCAUCAAGUAUUGACACGUGUUGAAAGUGGUUUUCUGCCUCCUUCAUGUCCUCUCCAGGUGGCCAUGGUGGAAGUGCAGCUGGACAACAGCUAUCCAUACCCACCUGCCCUCCUCAUCGCCUUCAGUGCCUGCACCACUGUGCUUGUUGCGGUUCACCUGUUUGCUCUCAUGGUCAGCACCUGUAUUUUGCCAAAUAUAGAGGCUGUCAGCAAUGUCCAUAACCUCAACUCUGUGAAGGAGUCCCCGCAUGAGCGAAUGCACAGACACAUUGAACUGGCGUGGGCUUUCUCCACAGUUAUUGGCACUUUACUCUUCUUAGCAGAGGUUGUCCUGCUCUGCUGGGUCAAAUUUCUGCCUGUGAAGCCCAACAAGUCCAGCAACAGCACAGUUUCGUCCGGUGUGGCUGCUGCGAUCACGUCCACCUCCAUCAUGGUUCCCUUUGGUUUAGUCUUCAUAGUCUUUGCUGUGCAUUUCUACCGCUCACUGGUCAGCCACAAGACGGACAGACAGUUUCAGGAGCUGGAGGAGCUUUCUAAUCUCACCAGGCUACAGAAUGAGCUGGACAACAGGGGCGAAUCUUCUAUCCUGCAGUCUCCUAGCUCAAAUUUCCCUUAGACAACAAGUAUGUUGGACUCAUGGUGGAACUCUGAUUUCCUGAGAUUUCUCUCAAGUUAGAAGCGGCAUUUUGGCUUCUGUUUUUACAGAUGUAUCACCUUUUUGUUGUGAAAUUGUUCUUUUAUGUAAAGAGUUGUAUUUUUAGAACACGUUUGAUAAACUGUGAACUCACAAAUUUGCCAUUACGCAUGUAACUUAAAUUUGAAGUCUUAACUGUGACAGCUGUUUGAUUUCUCACUUAAUUUAUAGCACUCACAAAAAAAAACAUCUGAACAAUAACUUGAAUCCUGUCUGUUGCCUGCUAUUUAUUAACCUGUUUGUCUACUAUAGUUUUUCUGUUGACACAUAAAUUACCUGGCUGUGCAAACAGAAAGUAUUUAACCUCUUUUUGUUGACUAUAUACCUGGUUUAUUGUAAAGUUCACUUCAUGAAUGUAAGGACUGCCAUUUGUGUAGACUGAUUGCCAAAACUCCAGUAUUAUUAAAGGAUACAUGCUGACAUCUGUAGCACAAGCUUUGUUCCAAGAAUGAACACUUUUCAUUUUGUAAAGCAUCCUGAAAUAUGUAAAUGUAUUCUCUAUUUGUGCUAUAUAUUUUUAAUUUUUGACACAGGUUGGGCAAAUCACACCUGGAAUAUUCAGUAAAUGUGAAAUUUUUUGUCUCAUGAGCACAUGAGACUGCUUGUACUUGUUAAUAAUCUACACCAGUGCUCUCGUGCUUUAUUCUGUAAAGCCUUGGUACCCCCUUUGUUUUUCAAGCACUAAGUUAGCAUGUCGUUUUUAUCAGUCACUCUUGACACAUGAAGUGCACUUAAGUAACAGUGAUAUUUCUUCAAGAUUACCGUUACAUAGUAGGAUGUUUUGUUCUCACAUAUUUAGAGAGACGAGUCAGUCUGGGUUAGUAGCCUGUGCUGGAGGUGCAUGUAGACUGUAUGUAGAUGAUGUCCAGGAGUGGUUUUCAGUCAAAGUAAUGGGAAGUUGUGGGGCAGAUAUGGCAUUAUAACUAUUUAAAAAAAACAGGGUUAAAUCUCUUGGAUUUCAUAAUGAAACAAAAAGAGUAACCAUUACUGGUUUGUGUAAAAAGUCAUCCCUGAAUGGCACUCACUGUGAAGGGUUUUUCUAUACCAUCCUGUAAAUUACACCUACUGACCCCUACCAAGCAGUUACAGCAUUUUAAUUAUAGAAAAUUUCUGACCUUUUGCGAAUGAACUCGUUUGUUUUGGUUUAGGCAUCGCUGUAAAUUUUGUUCUGUUGAAAUAGACAUACUUGAAAUUGAAUCACAGGAACUUAAAACUUAGUUGCAUGAUCCAUUUGUACUGGUGAGUAACAUGAGCUUUUGUACCCUUGCUCUGUUUGUAAUGUAACAAAGCAGUGUCAUUAUCAUCAGGUUUUUCCUUAUAAACAUAAUCUAAUAUUCAAGAAGCUUCACUAAGAGCUGUAGCAAACUAUUCAAUGAUAAUGAAAUUUAGUAUAAACCUUUUAUUGUCAUGGAAGGUAUUGUAUUUAACCAUCUUUUUGGCAGUUAACUAAAUCAGUGUAUUAUUUCACUUAUCUUUGUUUUUCAGUCCAUUUCAAGUAUUUCCCUAAUUUUUUUUCACUACUAACAAACAAGUGAUUUAGCUGAAAAUAUUCAAAUAUGAACACACAAAAUGAAAUUAUGCCAAUUUUAUUAUUUGUCAGUAAAUGUACGGCAGAGUGGAAACUUGUUAUCGGUCUUCCUCUUGUCCCUCUUCAACUCUGGUCAAGGUAGGCUGACUGGGCUUCCCUUAUAACCAAUUGCAUGUCGACCAGUUGAACCUUGAAAAACAAAGAAAAGCUUCAUUUCUUCACAGUUAUGCCAAGAGAAAGAGCUUUAUUACUCAUGUUUAUUUGAUUUGUCACACAAGGGCUGAAUUGUACACGGAUCUGUGACUGUGUCAUAAUGAAAAUGUUGUACCUGUGGGAUUGGGUAUCUUGUCGGUGCUGGUGCGUCAUCUCUUCCAAAAUCAGACAGAGUUCCACAUUUUGCAACCCCAUCCACCCAAAAACCUUCAUAAAGUUGACCUUUGUCAGAAUGAUAGAAUUUCCCGUUUCCAUUUUUCAAGCCAUUUUUCCAGGUGCCUUCAUACCAGUUUCCAUUCACUGAAGAAAGGAGAAAAGUCAAAUGUUACAUCUACAAACAUUGUCACACUGAAUUUUCAAUCCGUUUUAACUGUAAAUGUAUGAGAGCUAAGUCUGCUUACAAAAUCGAAUGAUGCCUUUUCCAUGAUUCUUAUCCUUCAUCCACUCUCCCUCAUAGAUGUCUCCAUUCUCAUAGAACAUUCUUCCCCAGCCACUCCGUUCGUCCUCACUCCACUCCCCCUCAUAAACUGAUGAGUGACUGAAGAAGUAUGUCCCAUACCCCUAGAGAGAAAGGUAAUGAUUAGAGAUAUAUGACACAGGCAAUGUAAGCUCAGACAACAGGCAUUAUUCAUGUUACAGUGUAUAUAAAUAAUAGUAUUUCAAUACAUGCUUCUUUCCAUUCUUCCAUUCCCCACAGUACUUUCUCAAGUACUCCUUCCUUUGAGGGAGAAGCACACUGUAGGUACCAUAUCCAUCACGUUUUCCGAAUUUCCACUCUCCAUCAUAAAUCAUUCCAGACUCCUUCCAAACCUGAGUUCCCUUUCCUAAAAGACACAUUAAAAGUGUAAAUGUCAUCUAUUACAUAGCAAGUACUUCACAUGUUAUAACUAGGUGACCAAAGAAGUUGUGGUGGAAGAAGCUUCUCACCAUGCUUCUGGUUGUCUUUCCACUCUCCUGUAUAUUCAUUUCCAUUCACAAAGAACACAGUGUGCCGUAGUCCACACUUCUGUGACUUGAUAUCCAACAAUGAUGAUCGUGUCUGUUUUUUUGCAGCUGUUUUAAGAUAUGGCAUGGCUGAGGGCAGAUUGAUGAAAAACCCUAAAACAUAAAUGUUUGGUUAUACUCAUAAAACAGCAAAGUCGAGCCAGUUUUUCUUUUAACUGAACUAUAACAUAAAAAGGGAGAAAGAAUGUUAAGAGGAUGAGUUCACAAUGCUGACAGUUAUCUAAUGAAUUUUUUUUGCAUCAAAAUCAGACUUUGAAUUUCAAAGCACGCAUUAUUUUUUUUCCACAAUGAUAAUAAAUCAGGUUUAAAAAAAAA